AUGGAUUUGGAAAAGAGAUCGAAAAUUGAAGAUUUGUCGGCGGAAAACUCAUGUCAUUUGAUUGGUUGGCUCAUCGAAAACUGGGAUGAGUACAACGCACCGGUUGCUGGAGGUUCGCGAAAAGAAGGUGGCACAGCCAAACAAAGAUAUUGGACGGAGUGGAGUCUCAAGUUGGAUGCGCUAGGUGCGAAACGUUCGGCUGAGCAGACCUCUUUUUCAGCCCCAUCGUCUCUAAUUAUGCCCCGAAAAGAGUACCCGGAGCUUCGAAAGAAGCUAGUAAUUGUUGGGGAUGGUGCUUGUGGGAAAACGUCUCUUCUUUUUACAUUCAGUAAAAAUGAAUUUCCUGAAAUUCACAUUCCCACGGUCUUUGACACGGAUUAUGUUGAUAUGGAGAUUGAUGGUAAAUUUAUCCAACUAGACCUCUGGGAUACCGCGGGUCAAGAAGAUUACGAGAGGCUCCGCCCGCUUGCCUACCCCGAAUCCGACAUCAUUCUCAUCUGUUACUCAAUCGAUAAUCCUGAUUCUCUGGAGAAUGUUCUGGAAAAAUGGCAUCCAGAAAUCCAACAUUUUCUUCCAAACACUCCAAUUAUACUCGUUGCAACGAAGAAGGAUUUGAGGGAUGAUGAGGAAAUAGUGAUGGAAUUGAAGAGACGCAGACAGAUGCCUGUUCGAUGGGAACAAGGAUUGGAGGUGGCUCAUCGCAUCGGAGCAAUCGCCUAUUUUGAGUGCUCCGCGAAAUUGAGAGAAGGAGUGAAGGAGAUUUUUGAUAAAGCGGUCAGAGAAACACUUCGAAGUGAGAAGAAGCCGAAAAGGAAGUUUUGUAAAAUUUUGUAG